AUGUCUAAGUUACUCGGUUCCGCACUUUUUGCCUCUCUCGUUGCAGGUCAUGGCCACAUCACAAACAUUGUCAUCAAUGGAGUGUCCUUUGCCGGGUGGGACAUUGGCAGCUAUCCCUAUAUGGAGACACCUCCGGUCGUCGUGGCUUGGGGCACCCCAAAUACUGCCAAUGGGUUUAUCUCCCCGGACGCAUACGGGACUGAUGAUAUCAUCUGUCACUUGGAUGCCACCAAUGCCAAAGGUCAUGUAGUAGUAGCCGCCGGCGAUCGCGUCUUCCUUCAAUGGACCGAAGGUUGGCCCGAGUCGCACCAUGGACCUGUCAUUGAUUACCUUGCCAGCUGUGGCACUGAUGGGUGUGAAACUGUGGACAAGACUAAGCUCGAAUUCUUCAAGAUUGACGGCGUCGGCCUAGUCGACGGCUCGACUGUCCCAGGAAUCUGGGGUGACGAUCAGCUGAUUGCACAGAAUUCCGCGUGGAUGGUUGAGAUUCCUUCCGAUAUCGCACCUGGACACUACGUUCUGCGACAUGAGCUGAUCGCUCUCCAUGGCGCAGGCACCGAGGGUGGAGCCCAGAACUAUCCCCAGUGCUUCAACCUCCAAAUCACCGGGUCAGGAACAGACAAGCCCGCUGGCGUCUUGGGCACUGAUCUGUACAGCCCAACUGAUCCCGGUAUUCUUGUCAACAUUUACAGCUCGUUGUCAACCUACAUUGUCCCCGGACCAACUCUUUACAGCGGUGCUGUUUCCAUCACUCAGACAACGUCGGCAAUCACAGCUUCGGGUACACCAGUGACAGGAAGCGCGGCAUCCGGCAGCACCACAUCCACUUCCAAAAGCUCCACGACGACUCUGGUGACGGCCCCCAUCACUAGCGCCACUUCCGCCCCCUCGACAACUGCUGCUGGAGGUGCAACUCAGACUCUCUAUGGACAGUGUGGAGGUACCGGUUGGUCGGGAGCCACGGUCUGCGUACCAUCAGCAACCUGCACCUCAUUGAACGAUUAUUACUCCCAGUGUGUCCCAACUAGUGCUUGA